AUGUAAUUCAACUCCGAAAGUAAUCAUUUGGCUUAGAAAUAGGCUAAAAAAUAUUCAAGUGUUUCUAUCAAAAAGAAAAUCAAUAAAGAAUUAGAAUUAAAUAAUAAACAUAAUAGUGGUCAUUGGACGCCUGAGGAACAUUAGACAUAUGUGGAAUUUCUUGAAAAACAUCAUGAUACAACUAUGUAAAAUCAAUAAAAUAGAAAAAAUAACAAAAUCUUUAAAUUAAUGUCUGAAAUCAUUGGAACUCGUUCCCCUUCUUAAUGCAGAUCUCAUCAUUAAAAAUUUAACCCUUAUACACCAGCUGGACAGAGAAGAUUAAAGAAAAACAAAAAAAAAUGGACUACUGAAACCCAAAUUUAAUUGAACGAUACCAACUAAUUUAUACAGUAUUUUACUCCAGAACUAAGACCUAAUCAAGAACCUCUUCCCAUCAUUUAAGAUCAAGAUGAAUAAUAAGAUUAUCUUUGUGAAGAAUCCUAAAGACUCAGAAUUCGUAGAUAUUCACUUGAUAAUCUUGAUGAAAGCUACCAUUUCAAUAAUCCUCAUAACACCUAAUUGUUUAAUGAGUUCUGUUAUGAUUGA